GAGAGAGAGGCACAUCAAUUGUUUACGCGCACUUUGUCGUAUUUAAUCGAUGAUCAGAACGUCGAGGAUAGUCGUUAACUGUUCGGUACUUCGUCGAGUCCGAAUUGGAAUAAACUAUUCAAAGGCUCCGUUUAUAACCCUUUGAAAGAAAGUUUACAUCGAGGGAGGAUCGACCCUUUCACCCGGUUAGUCCGCCAAGAACCAUCACGAGUGAGAAAUGGAAAAGAUGAUAAAAGAGACAGAUUUUUUCGAGAGCGAAAAAGUCAUUAGAUGGAACAAACGAUUACUCAGAUGCAUGGGUGUUUGGCCACUCGCAGUCUACGAUCCGCUUUUCCUCUUCUUCGCAAUUUAUCUUCUCCUUCAUUGUUCGUUGGCGCUCGUAGAUUUCAUAGAUCAACCAAAGCAUAUCGAUUACGUAGUCAGAGUCUUGACGGAAAACGUGCCUAUUGUAAUGGCACUCAUAAAAAUUACAAUCUGCAGGCUGAACAGACGAUUGAUCGCCCAAUUAUUACUCGAAAUUCAUGGGGAUUUUACCGUGGAAAAUUAUGCGAACGAGAAGGAGAAAUUGAUCUUUCUCGAUUAUAAUAAACUUUCUUAUAGAUUUAUCGCGAUAACCAUUGUCUCGAUGUCCUUUGUCAUCGGACUUUAUUUCUUUAAAGCCAUUAUAACGUCGGUACUAACAGUUAUGAGAAAUUCGUCCUUGGUGUAUGAAUUGCCUUACAAAACUCGAACGAUAGUUGAACUUAAUGAUAUAACGACGUACACCUUAUACUCCAUCUACCAAUGCCUAAUUGUGGUAACCAUGAUCUCUGGUUACAUUGGAUCUGACUGUCUCUUCGCCAGUUUGGCAUUACACAUUACAGGACAGUUUGCGAUACUCAGAUGCAAAGUUGUGGAAGCGUUUGAAGAUACUGAUGGUUACAAGCGAGGUAUGAAGAAAUUGGUAAUCAAGCAUCAUCGACUGAUUAGAUUGGCGGAAACAUUGGAAGACGGAUUUAAUAUAAUGAUUUUUCAACAAUUAUUAGGUACUACGUUGAAUCUCUGCGUAUCGGGUUACUACGCGCUCGUGAGUUCAACGAACGGAGAAAAUAUCGUAUUAGUUACUUUCUUCGUCUAUGCAUUUACCAUAUUGAACACACUGUUCGUUUACUGCUACGUCGGUGAAUGUCUCAUCGAGGAAAGCAUGGGACUCGGUGACACGUUGUAUCAGUCCAAUUGGUAUGACAUAUCAGCGGUCGAGUUAAAAAUGAUGUACAUUUGUAUGGAACGAGCAAAGAAACCGCUAAAAUUAACGUCUGCAAAAUUUUGUGCACUAUCCUUGGAUACGUUUAGCGAGAUAUUGAAGACCUCGAUUGGAUACUUGUCCGUUUUACGAGCAUUUCUAUAGAUCGACUCGCAAAAACAUUUAAAUAUCGAUUAAAUCGUAUUAUAGAAUAUAAUAAUAAAUUGAUAAAUGCGUUAUACGUAUGGUCGAUGAUAGUAGAGCUAUUUACGGUCCGAUAAAAGAGAAACUUUAAUGUAUUUACGCUUAUCUUUUCAGAUACGACUAUCGGCAUUGCGAUCCUUUUUAUAGAUGAAAAUAUUGAAAGACAACAAAUUUGUUUGUACAGAUUAAAUAUAAUAAUACAGAUUAUCGAUGUGUGCGUAAUUAAAAGCGUUUCGAUUAUUUGCGCAAUCACGCAAUCUUCUUA